CCGCCAGCCACUCGUCGGCCGUCUUGAUCACAGCGGACGCCCCCGCCGCCCCACCGACAGGCGGCACCGUGUUGAGGCCGUACAUUCCCAGCUCGACGCCAAAGUGGCCUUCUCGUGCGGCGCCACCACCGGCGAAUGGACAAAGCGGCCGGCCAGCAUCACGGACAAACGGCGAGCAAAGUCGACAAUGAGCUGCUGAAACCGGAGCGACGUCUGGCGCGCCUCCUGGUCGGGCCACUCAUCGCUGAAGAAACACACGCACACACACCCCACACACACAGGCACAUGGGACACCACAGAAGAUCCCCAGCCUUACGAUCCUUACGGAUUGUAUCGCUUGACGAGGGCAUGGUUUGGUCCGAAGUAGGCCAGACUGCGACGCAGGAUCGACACCUGCUCGUUCUCCACCGUGAGUGUCAUCACCUCGGUAUCCUCAUCGCUGCUAUCCCCCUUGACGAACGACCGCAUCGCCGCCAGGAAGGCCUCCAUGCCCUCCUUCUGCUUCUGCAGCUCGGCAAGGGCGCGGCGGUAGCUGUUCAUGUACUCCUCGAUCUUCUCAAACGCAUCCUCGGCCGACGGCUCAUUCGCACGCCCCCCCUCACCCUGCCCCUCCUCGCUGCUAUCGCCCUUCUGUCCGCCCUCAACCCCACUACUGCCCUCCUUAUCGGCCAUGUCGACAUCCGCCUCGUCGCCGCCCUUCUCGCCUUCCUCUUCCUCGACCACAUGCUGCAUGAACAGCGGGUGGUACUCGGCAUAAGAGGGGUCGUCGGCCUCCGGUGAAUGGAUGGCAAUCUCGUCCAGGUGAGGGCUCUCGAGCAGCGCCAGCUGGUCACGCAGCCAGCGGAAAUACGCCGGGUGCAUCUCGAGGAAUGGCAAGUUGUUCUCGUCCUUUGGCAGCUGGUCGGUGAAGUGCAGCAGCAGCGUCGAGAGGUAAGUCAUCUUCAUCUUGGGAUGAAGCAGUCGCUGAACUGAGAUGAAGAAGACCGUGCCGCCCACGUUGAGCUGCAGCUGGCCGCUGGUCUUGUGCGGCUCCACCGUGCCGCCAUUGGCGGUGAAGAGCUGCUUGAUCUCCUCCGCCAGUCGUUCGAUUUCGUCGUCUGCCCGGCUCCUUGCUGUCUCAGUGGCCGCUGCCAGCUCAUCGAGCGAUGUUGAGGCCUGUCGAAUCGCCGAAUCGCCCUCCUGCCGCCCAAUGGUCACGCCGUGCAGCCGGGAUGGAGCCGGCAACUCAUCAUCGGCUGCUCUGCCGUUCUGAUUCUUUCGCUUCUUGGAACCACCAGCAGCUGCUGCAGCGGCCGACAUCG